GAUCACAAGCUGAAACACAUGGCCGAAUUACAACAAUCCGUGGUUACCGAUCAGGACACCCGUCUCCAAAUCCAAGGUCAAAUCCUGCAAUGGGAAGAGAAUUUAGAACGUUUACACUGUGAACAAUUCCGUUUGCGUUGCUACAUGGCAUCGCUGCAGAGUGGCGAAUUGCCCAACCCUAAGUCCUUGCUCACCCAUGUCUCUCGGCCCACAAAGAAUACUCUCAAUAAAUUGGGCGUUUUUACGGUUUCCUCUUUCCAUGCCUUUAUUUGUGCCCGUUCACCAUCGCUGCUGAAUAAUUUGUUGGCGGGUCGUGGUGCCACCAAACGGCGACCACCAAUGCUGUCACGAUCGAAUAGCGGUUCCAGUCGUCGUUCAAUGCAGCUCAACUCUCGCGAUGAACCGGAAAAAACCUUCAAAGUUGCCAUGCCGGACAAUGCUUAUUCAACGGUUUAUCUACGCGAUGCCAUGUCGGUGGAGGAGUUUCUGGCCAGUGCCUGCGCCCGACGUAAUCUCAAUCCAAUGGAACACUUUGUGCGUGUUAAAAAGCGACGUGACAUGGAGGAUCACAAUUACUUUGUGCCACAUCGUAACGACCUGAUAGAGAAUUAUCUACAUAAUCACGAAUUUGUCGAAGUCUGCAUGAAGAUCCUUUACCAAGUCGAACUGCAUCGCACCACAUUGGAACAAAUGUGGGGCUUCUCUGUCGAGGCCGAACUUAUUGAAAACGCCGAACGUCAAGAUGAGCUGUGCUGUUAUGUUAGUCGUGUCGAAGAUAAAAGUGUUGCCAUGCAAAAUG